GGGGUUCAGUCGACACCAGAAUAAACACGUAGUGUCAUUAUGCGUGGAUGUUUAUGGCAGAAUGAAUUUAGGAGAGGGAUAAUAGAAAGAUUGUACAGAAGAAUGAAGGUCAAUGGGGGCCCUCCAGAAGAUGGCAACAGCUGCCCUAAAAAAAACAUCCUAGCGAAGAAGAAGACGAAGAAGAAGAAGGUACACUGUAGCUAUCUAAACAUGACCGCAGCGAAACUGUUGACAGUCCUGAAAACUUGAAUUAGGUGUAAUGCGAGCUCCUUUGCGCUGGGUGCUAUGGGAUGUGAAGGACACCCUGCUGAGGGUGCGCGCAUCUGUGGGAGAGCAGUACUGCAAGGAGGCUGAACGAAUGGGCCUGAACCUCAGUCGUGUGGAGGUCGAAGCUGCUUUCCACCAGGCAUAUCGACAUCAUUCCAGCAGAUACCCAAACUAUGGCAUCACUCAGGGCCUGGAUGGGCGGUCUUGGUGGAUGGGGGUGGUGCAGGACACAUUCUCUCGGUGCAGAGUGCAGGACCCUGCCCUGCUUAGGACAAUCGCUCACAACCUUUAUCAUAACUUCUGCAGUGCAGAGAACUGGGAGGUAUUUCCAGACUCACAGGAGGCCCUGGAGAGCUGUUCUUCUCUUGGACUGAAGCUAGGUGUGGUGUCUAACUUUGAUAGCCGCCUAGAAGAGAUUUUACGUGUUUGUGGCCUGCUGUCUCACUUCAGCUUUUUAAUAUCAUCAGAGGAAGCAGGUAUAGCAAAGCCAAAUCCAGCCAUCUUUGAUCGGGCGCUGCAGAAAUGCGGGGUACCAGCUGCUUGUGUAGCUCACAUUGGGGACCACUAUGUUAAUGAUUACUUCACCUCUCGGUCUGUUGGCAUCCACGGGUUCCUAUUAGACAGACACAACAAGCAUAUCGGAGCAGACGUUCCUCGAGAGCAUCGGUUCAGCUCCUUGGCUGAGUUGCCAUCCCGGCUUCGGCUGCACUUGGACUAAUGCCAAACAGUCAUGGACUCAAGUGCAAAGCUACUCAGCCUAAAUGUGGUUCAGUUAAGGAACUAAUUUGUGUGAUUUAAACAUGUUGACCUGACUGUGCUCAACCAGUUUAGAGCUCUUUCUAUGGUUAGAAGUAAUCCAGAUUAUCCAGAUAGGUUAUUAUAUAAAAACUCUAUGUACAGGGUAUAAUUAUCAUGGAUUUUGUGAUAACUAAAUUAAGAGCAAUAAAUAUGUAUUAAUUGUU